AUGUCGACGGAUUCUGCUGUUUCUAUUGGGUGGGAUGUCUUGAAGUGGAUAGUUGUUCCCGUCAAGCGCCAAUUCGGAUACGUGAUCUCCUCCAAGAGCUACGCCCAGGAUCUUCAGAAGGAGGUCGGGAAGCUGGCGUACGAGGCUGACAUGGUCCACAAUGACGUGGAAGUGGCCAGAAACAAUAGCCGGGAGGUCUACAGUCAUGUCGUGGAGUGGCAGGCAAAGGCUGAGAAGGCCUUGAAGGAGGCGCGAGACCUGUUGGGCGACUUCGAAAAGGCGAGCAAGACUUGUUGCUAUGGGAGUCUUCCCGAACCCUGUUGUCGCUAUCAGUUCAGCAGGAAGGCCAAGCACAUGAUCGGGGGCAUUCAGCAACUCGCUCAAGAAUUUAGUGAAUUCAAGUAUAUUUCCUUCAGUGGUACUGCUCCAGGGAAUGCGGCUGCUUCGACUCCGGCCAAGAGAGAAGGCAAAGAUGUCGUCCAGUCGACCAUCUCGAUGGCCUCAGCUUCUUUUGCCUCGAUGUCAAUUAAGCUUAAGGACGACGGCAUGGUCCAAUCCAGAGAAUUGAUCAUGCAGGAGAUCAUGGCUGCUCUUGCUGAUAACAAUAAUAGCGUGGUCGGGAUUUACGGAAUGGGCGGGGUCGGCAAGUCCACCCUAUUGGACGACGCGGAAAGGAGGAUAAAGAAAGCGAAGUCGUUUGAUUGGGUCGCUAAGGCCGACGUGUCGGAAAAUCAAGACGUCAAGAGGAUUCAAGGAGAGAUUGCGCACGCGUUGGACCUGGACAUAAAGGAUGUGGAGUACGUCAAUUCGCGAGCGGAGCGUCUGCGCACGAGGUUGGAAAAUGAGGUGAGGGAGAAGAAGAAGGUGCUCAUAAUACUGGACAACCUGUGGAAAGGGCUUGACUUGAAGUCAGUAGGCAUUCCUUGCGGACACAACAACAAAGUCAUAGGAUGCAAGUUGCUGUUGACGUCAAGAUUUCAAGAUGUUUUGCGAAGGGAAAUGGGCUGCGACAGGGACUUCCUCCUCGAUGCGCUGAAGGAGGAAGAGGCAAAAAGAUUGUUUGAGAGGACGGUGGGCGACAAAGUUCAUCACGAUCCGUUCAAAUCCCUGGUGGAUGAAGCACUCAACAAAUGUGCAGGUUUACCUUUCCUAAUUAUUGCAAUGGCGAAUGUUUUUAGAGACGCCGAUUUUAGCGAAUGGAAGGAUGUUUUGAGACAAAUUGAGAUGUCUACCAACAAAGGAAUCAGUGAAAGAAUAAACGAGAUGCUGCAGUUGAGCUAUAAUCGUUUCAAAGGGGAAGAUGGCAAGGAGGUGAAGUCAUUGUUACGGCUAUGUGUCGUUUACGGUGUCUCUAAGCCCUCUCUUGAAAACUUGGUGAGGUAUGGCGUGGGUUCGAGGUUAUUUCGAGAAGAUAGCAGCAUGGAAGAAGUGAGAGACAGGUUGAGCUCACUGAUCCGAACCCUGAAAGCCUCAUCCUUUUUGUUAGAAAACGAUGAAGAUGUUGAUGGUUUCAAGAUACAAGACUUGGUUCGUGGAUUCGUUGCCUCGGUAGCUUCAAGUGAUGACCCUCUUCUGGUGUUGAAAAAUCAUGAUAAGUCGGCCAUAGAGUUGCCAAAGGAUAAGCUCAAAAGUUGCACAGCGGUAUGCUUUCCCUACAUCGACAAGGAGGAGCUCCUUGAACAGUUAGAUUGCCCUGAAAUGCGGAUCUUUUUGUUGUUCACAAACAAUGAAUCUCUUAAGGUCCCAGGCUCAUGUUUCAACUCUAUGAGAAAACUCAUGGUCUUACAUCUUUCUCAGGUGCGGCUCACUCGUUCACCUUCGCCGUUUCAGUUCUUGGAAAACUUACACACUCUGUGCCUAAAUGGUUGUUUGUUAGAUGAUGUAGUCAUGAUCGGCGAGCUAAAGUGGCUACGUGUUCUUAGCUUUGCGAACUCCAAAAUUCAACGAUUGCCAAAAGAAAUUGGACAAUUGGUGGAGCUACGGUUGUUAGACUUAAACCAUUGCUCAAAACUUGAGAUAAUUGAACCGGGUGUUCUUGGGAGCUUGAUGAAAUUGGAGGAGUUGUAUAUGGAGAGUAGUUUUGAUCAUUGGAAUGCCGUGGAGCAAACUCCACCCACUAAUGCCGGGCUUAUUGAGUUGAAUAACUUGAAGAAUCUCUGCACUUUGCAUGUGUCCAUUUUCGAUCCGAGUGUGCUCCCGGAGGAUCUAAACGUCGAGAAACUAACCAAGUACCAAAUCCGGAUUGGUGAUGUGCCACGCCGGCGAAGUCGCAAUGCAUCAAGUACAUUGGAGGUUCAGUUAGAUCCAAUGAGCGAUAUUCUACGGAAAGGAUGCAUACGGACUUUAUUAGGCAAAACCGACGAUCUCUUUUUAAACGGAUUAAAUGGAAUUGAGCAAAGUAUUUGCGCGUUAUCACAUAAAGGCUUUCCGAAAUUAAAGUACCUACAGGUCGAGAAUAGUCCCUCCGUCCAUUACAUCCUCCAAUCACCAUCACAUACAGAGUUUAAGAUGUUGGAGUCAUUACUUCUCGAUAACCUCAUCAACUUGGAAAAGAUAUGCAACAACCACAUCUCCUCCAAUUCCUUCAGUGCAUUAAAGGUAGUACAAGUUGAAAACUGUGACAAGAUGGAAGUUUUGUUUCCUCUUUCAUUAUUGAGAGAACUUCCACACCUUGAAGAGAUCCAAGUUGUUAGAUGUCACUUAAUGCGGGAGAUUGUAGAAGUGGAUGAUUGUGGCAAACUUGAGUUGCGGAAUUUGCAUGUCUUGAAAUUGCGUGAUCUGCCGAAUAUGAAGAACUUUUGUACCGCCGGGAUGGCUCCUUCAAGUUGUACAUCAAACGACCAUGUUGGCACUCAAGUUGCAUUCUUCAACGGGCAACAGGUUGCAUUUCCUAGCUUGGAGACAUUACGCAUCAUGUGGAUGGAUAGUAUUGAGAUAAUAUGGGACAAUCAAGUUGCUGCGGAGUCUUUCCGCGGACUAAAGUCGCUCAUUGUUUAUAAAUGCAACAAGCUAGCGAACAUCGUUCCUUCUUACAUUCUUGGACGGCUCAAGAGCUUGGAAAGUUUGGAGGUAGAAUCAUAUGCGAGAGCCUCACCUCUCUGUUUCCAGCCUCAGUAGCUAGGGAUCUAAUGCAACUUGAGGAGCUGAAGAUCGAUGAAUGUGGUGGCAUUGUGGAACUCAUCGAGAAGGACGGACUAGAUCCCAGGGAUGUGUUCCCUAAGUUAGCCUCCCUCAAGCUUAAGCGUCUACCAGAGUUGAAGUGC